AUAGCUUGCCAAAGUAUUUGCUGGAAGGGGACCUGACUUGUGACCACUCCCAGUGUGUGCCAGGAAGAGGCUUCUACUGGUGCCAGAAUCAAUGCCGUCAAUGCCCUGUCUAGGCCCCGAAACUCAAUCCUUGCCUCCACCCCUUUUGUUUGAAUGAUGUGGUUCUUAUCUUUCUGAUCCUAAUAUAAAGCUCCUACAGCUACUUGGCCUGAGAAACCACCUCAGAUUCAGCCAACAGCGCAGCAUGGCUCAGACCAGCUCAUACUUCAUGCUGAUCUCCUGCCUGAUGUUCCUGUCUCUGAGCCAAGGCCAAGAGGCCCAGACAGGGUUGCCCCAGGCCCGGAUCAGCUGCCCAGAAGGCACCAAUGCCUAUCGCUCCUACUGCUACUACUUUAAUGAAGACCGUGAGACCUGGGUUGAUGCAGAUCUCUACUGCCAGAACAUGAAUUCGGGCAACUUGGUGUCUGUGCUCACCCAGUCUGAGGGCACCUUUGUAGCCUCACUGAUUAAGAAGAGGGGCACUGAUGACUUCAAUGUCUGGAUUGGCCUCCGUGACCCCAAAAAGAACCGCCGCUGGCACUGGAGCAGUGGGUCCCAUGUCUCCUACAAAUCCUGGGACAUUGGAGCCCCAAGCAGCACUAAUCCUGGCUACUGUGUGAGCCUGACCUCAAGCUCAGGAUUCAAGAGAUGGAGGGAUGUGCCUUGUGAAGACAAGUUCUCCUAUGUCUGCAAGUUCAAAAACUAGAGGCAGCUGGAAAAUGUCUAGAACUGAUCCAGCAAUUACGACAGAGUCAAAAAUUAAACCAGACCAUCUCUCCAACUCAACCUGGACACACUCUUCUCUGCUGAGUUUGCCUUGUUAAUGUUAGUACUUUUACUCACCCAAGUCUUUGGAACCCUAGUAAUGAAAAUAAACACGUUUUCA